AGUGUGGAGUACUGCACUACGGGAAAGGGGUCGACAGAGUCACUUACACCAUGACAGAAGGAAACCACUCCAGAAAUUUGAAAGAAAUGGACGACGAAAAGGAUCUUGGUGUCCUGUUUGACAAGUCACUAACUUUCAGUAAGCACAUUGGAGCAAUAGCAAACAAGGCGACUCGAAUUCUAGGUGUAAUAAAACGGACCUUUGACUACAUGGAUGAGGAGACUUUCAAGGCAUUGUACAAGACCAUGGUUCGCCCACAUCUGGAGUACGCCAACAGCGUUUGGUGCCCCUACUUGAAGAGAGACAUUAACAAGUUAGAAAAGGUGCAACGGAGGGCAACCAAAAUUGUUCCAUCUUUAAGGGAUUUGCCAUAUGAAACAAGGCUGCUACUCCUUGAUCUCCCAACACUUGCCUACAGAAGAUUGCGGGGUGACCUCAUUCAAGUUUUCAAAGUGAUGCAUGGGUUCCAGGAUGUCCAUCCAGAUAAGCUAUGUGACAUGUCAAGAAAUGUAAAGGGUCUAAGGGGCCAUGAUCUGAAGAUAAACAAGGAACGUAGUACUACCAGAAUUCGUCAGAACAACUUCACACAGAGAGUCUGUAAUGUUUGGAACAAACUACCAGCUGCAGUUGUUCAUUCUCAUUCAACUAACAUCUUCAAAAAUGGCAUUGAUGAGUACCUCACCAAAAACAUUGACAUGUACAGUUUUGCAGGAUGUUCACCACAGGAUAUAUGGAAAUAUUAAGUUCAUUCUCUUCUGCUCUCACAUUUGACUUCGCUACUUCCAUUGCAUUCAGUGCUUUUGCAUCAUUCUAACCCGAUCGGGUCGAUCCAGACGGCGCUGGAGCAGUUCUUCAGAGAGGAGGGUAUAGAGUAUGCCUGCGGAGAAUGGGACUGCAAGCAGGCUAUAGUCAUGCAUAAGUUCACUAAGCUACCAA